AUGACCAGGGAGCUGGACGAGGCACUGAAUGCACCAUUGCAAAAACUUAAUCGACCUAAAAGAUCAUCCGCUGAAGUCGUCCCUGAGCCAGAGAGCGUGAGCACUCCAAACCAGGAACGAUCCACCAAAAAAGUAGCAUUCCAGGAUGCUGAGUUUUCGUUUAAAAGUGGGAGCGACUACAUUGGCUCCAACCCGUCCUCGGCAAGAUCAUCUCUCAACUCCAUCGACUUCAAGUAUAUCGACCGCUUAGCUGGGCCAGGAACAACAUCUUCACGACUCAACAAGCAGUCGGCUUGUUAUAGAAAAGACCAGCGUUUCGGAAGUGCUGAUGGACGCUCGCCGCGAUAA